UGAUUGGUUACUGCCAGCGACUUGCUGGGCUUUAGUAACUGGAAUUUCGGCCAUAAAAGUUCAAUUUCUAAUCAUUUAACCUUUAAGCUUGCUUAAAAUCAUAAUAUUAUUUUUUAACUUAUCGUUCGGAUGUGUGUAUGCCAUAAAAACUUCUAAACAUAUUACAUUCAAUAAUGAGCUGUACUGAGUAAACCUUUUUAAAGCAUGAAUGAUACACAACUACCCUCCUGCGAGAUUUUGGGACAAGCUAUACUAGAAAUAGAAGAACCAAUAAUAUUUCGGCGCAUUUUACAAAAUGAAAACAUUUCUGACAUUUGGAAAUUUCAGCAUUGGAAUUUUGAUGAAUUGGCUGAAAUAUUUGGCGAUACGCCACUGCCAUUUCGGAUAGGUUUUAAUACAUGGACAGAGACCCCACAGUGGGAAACACAAUGUAGUACGGAAACUAUGACUUUACAUCAAUUUCUGGAGAUAAUCCGAUCUAACCCAGAUCCUAGCAAAUGGUACUACUUCGAUUAUAAACACAUGAAAGAAUGGUUAAAGAACAAACCAGAAGUAUUAACUUCCAUUAAUUGGAGUCCAUUUGGUUUUAACAAGCACGGAGACGAGUCUACCCUUUGGAUUGGAAGUAAAGGCGCUCAUACAAAUUGUCAUCAAGAUUCGUAUGGAUGUAAUUUAGUAGCUCAGACUCAUGGAAGGAAACAAUGGUUACUAUUUUCACCUCAAACGGGUAAUACUAUGGAACCUACAAGGGUUCCAUAUGAAGAAUCUACAAUUUACAGUAACGUUAAUUUCUUUUGCCCAUCAAACAGUGAUGUGCAGAGGAUCUCGAGUUCGAUCGAAUCAGCCCAAAUGGUGAUACUUGAACCAGGAGAUGUUUUAUUGGUUCCUAGGAAAUGGUGGCAUUACGUAGAAUCAAUGGAUUUAAGUAUAAGCAUAAAUAUAUGGUUACCUUUAGCAUCGGACUGUGAAGAUAGAUUAAGAGAAGCUCUUGUUAAAUUAAUCAUGACAAAAAUAGGAAAGAAUGUUCCAACUACAUCUACGGAACUAAGAUGUUCUCUUUAUCGUUCCAUAACGUUGGUGGAAGCGUGCAUUAAUGAAUGUAAAGCAAGAGAUGCAUCGAUACGACCUCAUACUAAAAAGUAUAAGAAAUCCAAAUGGACUGCACAAGAAUUAGCAAAAGAAUACCCAAACUGUAUAUUUCUUCUUCAAGGACUAGAUAAAUUAAAACUUGAACAGAUUCUAGAAUCUAAAAAUAAUCGAUUUCCUAAUAUGAGUAGUAAUUGUCUCUCAAUGCAGUCAGAAACUGAUUCAAAUAAUCUUGGUACAAUAAAUUCAAGUUUUCACAAAAUAUCGAAUGCCAUAGUGAAUGCUUUUUGUCAUCCAGAAGUUAUCGCUAAAGUUUCUGAAAUUGUCCUUAAUACAACUGAAGCAGAGAUUGAAAUGAAAUAAUAUAUACAUCUUGUUGAUAAAAUAAAUAUUUUUUAUAUUCAAUAAAAUAAAUACUCUCUAGAAUGUUUUUUCAAUAACAAAAAUUCGCAAUUUAACCAUAAUUGUAUACAAGUUGAACGGUUCACAAGGUUUUAUGCAAAUGGGAAAUUAUAAGCGGGAUCUAAUGUGCCUGAUGUUUUUAUUCUAUUUAAUAAAGUUCAAUAUUGAAUUUACGUUGAAUUCUCUUUAAAUUUAAAAUCUUAAUUGAAAUGUAGAAAUUUACUUCAACUGUGUUAAAGCCAACUAGAUAGUUACAUGGUGCAUUCAAAUGACCAGCAUUUUUGUUUACAUGGUCUAACAUAAGUAAUUAAUGAUGUACAAUUUUUAAUCCGAUCCAAAAAUUUGUAAUAUUUAUCAUUGGUUAAUUUUCAGUAAACAUAAGCAGACAUCGUGGCCCAAUUUUGUUUCAUAGGAAAAUUAACUAA